CAGGGAAAAGGGUCAAGGCGCGCUUGUGACGUCAUUUCGGCGCGACCCUCUUCUUGGCGUAGAGUCUUCAGAUUGCUCCUGGGAACCAUGCCGAAAGUAGUGUCUCGGUCAGUAGUCUGCUCUGACACUCGGGACCGGGAGGAAUAUGACGACGGCGAGAAGCCCCUCCAUGUUUACUACUGUUUGUGCGGCCAGAUGGUCCUAGUGCUGGACUGCCAGUUAGAGAAAUUGCCCAUGAGGCCCCGGGACCGGUCCCGUGUGAUCGAUGCUGCCAAACAUGCCCAUAAGUUUUGUAACACAGAAGACGAGGAGACUAUGUAUCUGCGGAGACCUGAAGGCAUUGAACGACAGUACAGGAAGAAAUGUGCAAAGUGUGGACUGCCGCUCUUCUACCAAUCCCAGCCGAAGAAUGCUCCCGUUACCUUCAUUGUGGAUGGAGCGGUAGUCAAGUUUGGCCAGGGCUUUGGGAAGACGAACAUAUAUACUCAGAAACAAGAGCCUCCUAAGAAGGUGAUGAUGACCAAACGGACCAAUUUUUUUUUUUUUUUUUUUUCUGUCACUGUGUCUACCAUUGAUGAAGAGGAUGCUCCUUUUUUUUUUUUUUUUUUUUUUGCUGACUCAUAUGCACAGAAUGCCAAAGUGUUUUUUUUUUUUUUUUUUCGCAAAGGCAUGAGCAAGAGGCGACUGCAAGAUUUGGCUGAACUGUUUUUUUUUUUUUUUUUUAUGAAGGGGACCUUGAUUGACAACCAGCUGGCAGCUCUCCAGGGGCACAGUCCUCAGCCCCACCCUAGGCAGCACUCAGUAGAAGGACCAGCCCUCAGAGACUGGCUGAAUGAAUUGAUGAGUACAAGCCUGGCUGACAUUCAAGAUUUCUUGCUGGUGAAACAGAAGCACAGUGUGGAAUCCUGUGUGGAAGUGCUCGUCUUGACGUCUUGUACAAAGAGUGUCCUUCAUUACUGCUAA